AUGAUAAAUCAUGACCUAUCUGCUUUCAGCUCGCUUGCCCAUUUGUCAUCAGUCACUGAGUUUGGCAGUGACACCUGUCGCUCGGUCAAAGGCAUGAAUAAAAGACAAGUAAAGCUUUGUCGCCAGAACCUUGAGCACAUGGCGAGCGUGAAAAUGGGUGCCUUCAUGUCCGUACUCGAAUGCCAGUUUCAGUUCCGGCAACGACGGUGGAACUGUAGCGUCAUACAGUGUGACUUUGAUGUACUAUUUUCAGGUACGAGGGAGACCGCGUUUGUACAUGCAAUUUCGGCUGCGGGCGUUGCCCACACGGUCACCAAGGACUGUAGCAGCGGAAAACUGGAGAAAUGCGGCUGUGAUCGAAGCAUAAGCGGGUUCAGCCAACAAGGCUUUCAGUGGGCUGGCUGUUCAGACAAUAUCCAUUACGGAACCGCAUUUUCACGUCAGUUUGUUGACGCUCACGAACGACGGAAAAAGCGGCAUCUGGAUCGCAUCCUCAUGAACCUGCAUAACAAUGAGGCAGGGAGGAAGAGCAUCGAAAAGAACAUGCGGAUCCAGUGUAAAUGCCACGGCGUUUCCGGAUCAUGCGAACUUAAGACGUGUUGGCAAGCGAUGCCGCCGUUCCGAGAAAUCGGCUAUAUUCUGAAAGAGAAAUUUGACGGUGCCACCGAGGUGAAACUCGCUUUGUUUAAUAGUCGCCAUUCACUUGUGCCCUCCAAUAGUCAAUUUAAGCCUCACACCGUCGAAGACUUGGUCUAUUUGCAUGAGUCCCCGGAUUACUGUGUUUCGAACAAUGCCACGGGCACCGUGGGCACUCAGGGACGAGUGUGCAACAGAACCUCAAAGGGAAUCGACGGCUGCGAACUGCUGUGCUGCGGUCGCGGCUACACGACCCGAAUCGAAAAACGCAUCGAACGGUGCCAGUGCAAAUUUCACUGGUGCUGCUACGUGAAAUGCAAACAGUGCGUGCAAACCGUCGAAGUCAACAUAUGUGCAUGA